AGGGCGAAAUGAGAUGAGGUCUCUUUAAGAGUCGGCGGGGCGCGGCGGGGCGGGGCGGGCUGGGGCUGCUGGCGGCGCGUGGAGGCGGGCCCUGUCCCGCGGCUGCGCUCGCGCAGGCCCGCGCAGGAAGAAUGGCUGGGCCUGUGGCAUCCGGCAGCCGGGCUGUGUUGCUGCGGCCGCUGCGGAGCUGGGCUUUCCGGGCGCUGCGCCGCGAUCGGCCCGGGAGUCCCGCUUCCUGCCCAGGGUCUCGAGGGGCGCAGCGUUGGGCCUGGCCUCGGGAUAAAGAUAGAGAAAAUGAAAAAGAGAAAAAAUCAGUGAUCUGUGUUGAGGGCAAUAUUGCCAGUGGAAAGACAACAUGCCUGGAGUUCUUCUCCAACUCAACAGACAUCGAGGUGUUAACAGAGCCUGUGCCCAAGUGGAGAAAUGUCCGAGGCCAUAAUCCUCUGGGUCUGAUGUACCAGGAUGCCUGUCGAUGGGGCCUCACGCUGCAGACCUACGUGCAGCUCACCAUGCUCGACCAGCACACUCGUCCGCAGACGUUGCCUGUACGGUUGAUGGAGCGGUCAAUUCACAGUGCAAGAUACGUUUUUGUAGAAAACUUAUACAGAAGAUAUGAUUCCCUCUUGGUGACAAAAUGGCUGUGGCAGAACCGGGCUUCUCAUCUGCUGGCUACAGGUGGGAAAAUGCCCGAAGUGGACUACGUGGUCCUGUCGGAAUGGUUUGACUGGAUUGUGAAGAACAUCGACGUGUCCAUUGACUUGAUAGUUUAUCUCCGGACCACUCCUGAGACCUGUUACCAGAGGCUGAAGAUGAGAUGCAGGGAAGAGGAGAAGGUCAUCCCAUUGGAGUACCUGGAUGCUAUUCACCACCUAUACGAGGAGUGGCUCAUCAAAGGGAGCCUUUUCCCAGUGGCAGCCCCUGUUCUGGGGACACCGCGGGCCACAGAGGAUGAACCAUCUUUAUUAGCUCAGAGACUGUCUUAGCGGUGUUCAGCUGUAACAGUGCGUCAAAGGCACAGCUGUCUCCUGAGUCAAGUAGCAGCAAGAGACAGAAAGAACAUUCUCUCCGAGGACAAUCUGGACGGGAAGGAUGGGGCUUGCAAGCAAAGGCUCUUGCAGCACUGGAGCUCCUGAACUUCGGAGGUGGGUGGAGAGAGCUUCCAGAAGGCCGUGUGCGGACGCAGGUGUGCGGAUGCAGGGCUGCGGAUUGAUUAUGAACUUGGGGGAACAGGACUUGGCCUCUCCUGAGUGGCGGUCAGGGUGCCAGAAGGUUGGAAGGUCUCGUCUCGGCUUCUGAGUGAGUGAGGCACCAGUGCACACAACUCGCUGCUGUAGAUUGGUGACAGGUGCCCCUGGUGGCCCGGGCCCAGAGGCAGCGCUCGGAGGGCAGCACUCUGGCUCCUGGCCCUUCCUGGCGGGACCGAUCCUGGGCCAGUGCACAGGUGGGGAUGCGUCUCAGCCUAGACGUCAGUGAUGGGCCAGCAGGAAGCACAGCCGCUGCUACCAGGCACCUGGACAUGCCGGGACCAGCUUUGGGACUUUGCAGACGAAUGGUCCAGUUUUCCCCACAGCUCAAUUUGAGCAUCUGUACUGGGGGGAAAUGUGAUUAAAAAAAAAAAACAAAGAAAAAUAGAAGUAUGUAUCUCCUU